AUGCAUCUGCGCGGCCCCAUGAACCUGACUCAACUCGCCGUUUACACGCUGCCUGGGACUGUCUCUGGCAAACGUAGCUCGUCGACGGAUUUCUCAAGCUCGACAACUCUGUUCUCUGCUAGUGCAACGACUACUAGGGAAAAUUCAACUCCGACGACUUUCCAGUCGGUGUUCUCCACAUACGCGACCUCUACCGAUAGCGACAGUCAGAGCAGCGUAGCGACAACCUCCACAGAUCCAUCGAGCUCACUACAGCCAUCGACCGUCGUCAAGGCAGACGCAGGGUCAUGGAGUCGGGUCGCAUACUACCAAUCUGCAGCUUCAGCUCAAGCCACUGGAUUCGCGUUCCUUAACAACCGAGGCAACGAUGCGGUGUCGGGAACAUGGGACUCGACCUUCGGCAACUCGCUCUCUUACGCGUCCAGCGACGGGACUACGUGUGCGAACAUCAGUACUCCCUUCAACGGCAAUCUCUCGACCUCCGAGGUCGAGCUGGCGGUAUUCACGAACCAAGUCUGUAACGGAGAUUGCGACUACACUCGUCCUAAAUCUGUAGCCCAUCAUGGUUGGAGCGGUGAAGCAAAGGCCUUCUUUAUCGAGUUCCAGGCGGAUCACUAUAACAACACUCCAGGUUCCAAUCAAGGGUUGAUCCAAGACGCUCCGGCCUGGUGGUUCCUCAACGCCAAUAUCCCGCGGAUCCUCCAGUAUGGAGACGAUCGGAACGGAAAUCCUUGCUCUUGUUGGGCCUACGGCUGUGGCGAGUUCGACGCAUUUGAGAUCCUCGAGAUGGGAGAGAUGCGUGCCAAGUCGACGCUCCAUCGCCAGGGAAAUAUAGAGGGGGGAGACUCAAACUAUUUCCUUCGCCCGGUCGGGAAGACUAUCAAGGUCGCCGUUGUCUGGAACGAUUACGACAUCACGGUUGCCAUUCUGGAUGAUAGCUUCUCAUUCAGCGAGACCCUCACUGCCAGCCAGAUUGCUGACAUCGUCUCCUACUCUGAGCAAAGUAACACAGAUUCGCUGUUUGCUAUUGGGACUUAAUGCGACAUCAAUCUCCGACUUCUUUGCUGUUUGCCAUCUGGCAUUUGCAGCGUCGUCAGUCUCAGAUUUCUUGAAUGUAGCUUGGAGGCUUUGGAGGAACGGAAGGAUUUUCCGAGAAGUUUGGUAUGGGGCAUAUCGUCCACCGAUGUAUAGUAG